AUGGCACCGUCAUACCCCCAAAUGGGGAAGCUCGCAUCUGCAGCGAGAACAAAGGGUGGCUUUGUUAAAAAGCCACAAUCUCCCAAUUUGGGAGAUAACCUAAACACUGCGUCAUCGGAUGAUGACGAAGACCUGCCACAUAUUGGUAGGACCUCAGGGACAAACCCUGAGGAUCCCAAAAACUUACAUGGAGUAAAUGCGGGGAACAACACCCUUAGAACCCCAUGUGCCAACAUGAUCUCUCCUAGAAAGAGAGAGUUCUCACCACUGGGUGAGGAGGCAAACAUGUGCACAUGUAAGCGUGCGGCUGCCACACUAACAGCCUUAAGGGCUGGGUCAGACAUGCCAAAAGAAGUCCCUGAGCCCCACUAUCCUCAGGGAACCUCUCACUUGGUGCAAAACACUGACAAAAACAGCAGUAACUCCUGCUGGCGCAGGGGGCCAUUUGUGGCCCCAAGCAAUGUGGAAAAAUUGUCCACAUCGUCUCAAGUCACCCGCAUGACAUCCAGCUUGCAAGAUUGCAGCAAGCCGGUUCACUCCCAAGUCUAUUUGACUGGGAGUUACACGAAACCAUCAAACGAUCACUCCCACUGGCACAGGGAGCCGUUUUUGAUCCCAAAAAAUGUGGAAAAAUCUUUCACAUGUCCAGCAUCGUCUCGCAUUAAACGCAAGACGUCCAGAUUGCAAUAUAGCAGCAAUCUGGUUCACUCCCCAGUCUAUGCGACUGGGAGUUGUCAUAAACAACCAAAUGACCAUUCCUGCUGGCACAGGGAGCCGUUUGGAGUUCCAAAAUAUAUGGAAAAAUCGUCCACAUCUACGGAAUCGUCUCGCGUCAGCCGCGAGAUGCCCAGCUUGCGAUAUAGCAGCAAGCCGGUUUACUCCCCAGUCUAUCCGACUGGUAGUUGUGCAAAUCAAUCAAACGACAACUCCUGCCAGCACAGGGAGCCAUUUGUGAUCGCAAAAAAUGUGGAAAAAACUUCCACAUUGUCUACAUCGUCUCACAUUAACUGUGAGACGUCCAGCCCGCAAAAUCGCAGCAUGCUGGUUCACUCCCCAGUCUAUGUGACUGGGAAUUGUGCAAAACAAUCAAACAACAACUCCUGCUUGCACAGGGAGCCAUCUUUGAUUGCAAAAAAUGUGAAAGAAACCUCCACAUCGUCGUUACCGUCUUGCAACCAUAGCGAGACAUCCAGCUCGCUGCCUAGGCGUGAGCCGGUUCAAACCCCAGUCUAUAAGACUGGGAAUCAUCAAAAACCCUAA